AAUAAAUGAUAUAUGUUUUUUCAUGUUUUCAUAAAUUAAUAUAAGAUAUAAAGAUUAGCCCAAUUAGGAACUCCAGAAACUCCGACAAGUGUUGAAUUUUUUCUAUCAUUUCGUUGUGACAUAAUACCGCUCGGAGCUCGGACAUAAGCAAGCUUGAACUACAAACAAUUCACAUAUUCACAUAACUACAUACAUACCCAUCUUAUACUAUCGUCGUUAUUGCCAGGACAGAUUCAUGAUGAUGUUUAUACCGUUCCCGAAGGCAAGUCCAGAACUUCAAGCAGCUCAUAUUGCCAAUCAAGAAAGAAUAUGGAAAAUGCAGCAAGCAUCAUCGAGACAGUUAAGAAUCAACGGUCAACCCAAUCGUUUACCAUCACCACCACGAUCACCACGAUCACCGCCAGCAGCGUCUCCUGCCGGUACCGAAGAAGCGUCUGCCGAAUUAUCAAAUACUCUAACGUCGCCAAACUCCGAAAAACUCCAGAAUCCAGGCUGGCCAGGUUACUUUUUUCAGCCGGCUCAGAUGCGGGACAGACCGACUAACUACCCCAUGUUCCCCGACCUAGACGAGCUCAACCAAAUGGAACAGCCGUAUGAAUAUACUAUAGCACGAAAAGAUCUUCCCUCAGGCGUAGAUCUAUCGCAACCACGUGCUCUCGUCCGACCGCGUUUCACGUCUCGAAUCCUCGAAGAAGAACAACAUACAAUAUCAAGCCCCACCGUCUCUCGUGAAGCACAAAGAUAUCUCCAACAAUCGAACCUUUCUCGAAUGACCCGCAGUAUGAAACACCGGGUCACGAAACAAACACGCCAAUCAAAAGGUCGGGAGAGUAAGAACAGAGAUCUCUGGGAGCUGGAUCAGAACGGUAACCCCUGUCGAGCCGUCGACAAGACGAAGAAAGGCGCGAAAUAACGAUAGGUCUCGAGCUGUGACAAACACCUUGUCCAAGCCAACGGGGGCGAUGAAAACGCCCGAUUUUAACGAGGGUAUUAUGAAGUUUUCUUAAUGAUGGUUGUAUGGGAAAAGGAUCUUAGGUUUUGGUUUUUUUUUCACCACGCUCCUUAUCAAGAAUUUUCAAUCGCGGUAAUCCCGAUGUCUCCGGCGCUAAAUCGUGAUGAAAAUCCGUUUGUCCAGCGCAGCGACGAUGGGUGGUUUACGUAAUAGGCCAGGAUUAGUAAUCGGUACAAAUUAGGUAGUAAUCAGUUCUUUCGCUCCUUUACGUUGGGUUGGUUUCUCUGGUGUAAGAGAU